AUGGACGAUUAAAAGUCGAGGUAUAUUUUAUCUGAUUGGUGGCAACCAUUUCUAUUGUCGCUUGUUAUUAAACGUCAAUGAAAGCAGACGCCACGCUGAGAAAAUAAAAGUGAAUUGCUUGUAGACAAUUGUUAUUUAGUUUAGUCGGUCCAGAAGUACAAUAGAAUAAAAUAUAUCUUUAGCAAUGUCGAGACAAGGAACCAGACUAGAUACAAAAACUGUAAAUUCAGAGCUGUUUACGUUGACGUACGGCGCCCUGGUGACGCAGCUGAUGAAGGACUACACGAACGUCGAAGACGUAAACAAGCAGCUCGAAAGGAUGGGGUACAACAUUGGAAUCCGGCUGAUCGAAGAUUUCCUGGCCCGCACGAGCUCGGGCCGGUGCUACGACUUCAAGGACACGGCGGAGAAGAUCCAGAUGGGCUUCAGGCUGUUCCUGGGCGUGACGCCGACUGUCACCAACUGGAGCGCGGGCAACGACGAGUUCUCCCUGCAGUUCGAGUCCAACCCGCUGACGGAGUUCGUGGAGCUGCCGGACCACUGCCUGAACCUCAAGUACGCCAACGUGCUGACGGGGGUGAUUCGCGGCGCGUGCGAGAUGGUGCAGAUGGAGGUGACCUCGUGGUUCGUGCAAGAUCAGUUGAAAGGCGACAGCGUAACCGAACUGCGGGUGAAAUUCAUCAAGCGGCUAGAAGAUGCAAUUCCUGCCGGUGAAGACUGAAUAAAAAAAAAUACAAAUAAGUUGCAUCGAGGAACAUUCCUCUUCUUUUGCCAAUCUUGUUUUGUCUACCAGUUAUUUGUUUUGCAGUAUGUUUUCUCUUGAAAAUUUUAUUUGAAGCAAGAUUUAUCCAAUUGCUUGUGAAGAGUGCAUUGUAAAAUGCAAUUAUUUAAUAUAUUACGUAUAAAUAAGUUUUUGGCUUCGUCCUGUUUAUUUUAAUGUGCUGCAGGUAGAUGGGUGAGCCAUUUAUGCUUGUUAUGGUCAUGCUCUGGAAAGCAAGCAGAUUUACAACUAAUAAAUAGGGGGGGGGGGGGGGGGAUUAUGAUUAAUUAAAGAAGGUGCUAAAGAGGGAUAUUUAACCAUCCAAAAUUAUUAUUCUCUGAAUAUUGAUUUGGUAUUUAAAAACCCCUUUUCAUCCACAAUUGCCGCUUACAAAGUAAGCAUGUAUAUAAGAAUAUAUUAUUAUACUGUAUUGAUGGGCAAAAUGUCUAAUAAUCUAUAGGAUAAUUUUUGUGAAAUGAUGUGAAUAAAUACUUUUUUGUUUAUUGUAUGAGCUGUAAAUAUCAAAUUAUGUAAUGAUGAUUCUUAAGGUCCAGUUCAUUUCACCACACCGGAUUUUUAAUUUUUGGAAAUAAGUAGGGGAAAUACAUGACGACAUGGAUGCUGCAAUGCCAAUGAUAACAAAUAGAAUUGCGUAACAAAGUAAAAUGUAUGUAAUAUUGGCAACAAUGGAAAUGAAUAUAGUGCCAUUAAAAAAAGACCAAUGAUAGUGGUAGGAAUUAUUUAAUAAGGAAAUACAUAUUUUUAUAAAAUGAAUAAAUAAGUACACAAUAGGUGUUAAGUAGAUAUUAGGAAAUGUAUUGGAUAUGUGUAAAAAUAAAUGUAAUAGUCACGAGAGAAGAGCAAGGUAGUGUUUAUUUAUAGUAAAUAUAACGAUGCAGUUUAGAGAAAGAAUGUGUCAAUGGCAGUAGUGAACAGGAAAACUAUGGUUCAUGUCUCAUGAUGUAGAAUGAAUUGAAUGGAGUGGCAAUUGUUUUUGGUGUAAAUUUAAUAUCUACAAGAGAAGUAUUGACAGUAAAAGAUCAAUAAAGGUAAGGGGGUUAUCAUGGCUUUA